UGAUUGGAUGAAAAUCUUUUGCAUGAGGCGUUUUGCCAACAAAGUACUGCAAGAGGGUCGAGUCAGCUUAUGAGCCUGGUGACAUAAUGUCUGGUGCAAGUGCAAGGUUUAAACCUAAUGAAGGAGACUGGAUUUGUCCAGAUACAAAGUGUGCAAAUGUCAACUUUUCCAGAAGAAGUCAGUGUAAUAGAUGUGGCGCAGAACGGAAGGAUGGUACGGUUUUCAAGAAAGGUGGAACAGAAAUAGGAAAGAAUUUAGCAGAGAAGAGUAAAGGCCUUUUUAGUGCUGAUGAUUGGCAGUGUAAAAGUUGUGGCAAUGUGAACUGGGCACGAAGAAUGACUUGCAAUGUGUGUAAUACGCCCAAAUACGGAAAACAGGAACAAAGAACAGGUUUUGGAGGUGGCUACAUGGAAAGAGAUGAAGUUGUUGAAUAUAUUAAAAGAGAGGGUGACAAUGAGGAUGAUGAAUUUGAUGAUUUUGGUCGUAGAAAGAAAAAGUUCAGAAAAAACAGUUCUGAUGCCGUAACUCCACAGAACAAUAAGGUGGAAUCAAAGGAGGAAGCAGAUGAAGAAGAGGAGGAAGAAGAAGAGGAGGACGGAGAUAUUUCAAACUACAAGAUUGAUUCAGAGGAGGAAGAAGAGGAGGAAGGGGAUUUAAGUAAAUAUGACUUGAACGAAAGUGAAGAAGAGGAUGACAAGAGAUCAAAUUCGUCUUCUAGUUCUUCUUCAAGAUCUAGCUCCUCCUCCUCAAGAUCCUCCUCCUCCUCUCGCUCUAGUUCGUCCUCAAGGAACCGAAGGAAGAGAAGCAAUAGGUCUAGGUCCAGAUCUAAGUCUCCAAAAUCAAAGAAGCUCAAAGAACGGUCAAGGUCGCCAAGAGACAGGACGACAGGAUCCGGGAGGUCGAGGUCACGUUCUUCCGAGGACCGUCGACGUGACACCAGUAGAUCCAGGUCCUCCUCUCAUUCAGCUGGCAGCACCAGGGAUGGAUCAAGGCGGUCGAGGUUUGGCGUUAGGCACAAAUAUUUGGAUUCCAGUCUAACUUUAACAUAGGAGCAAGAUAUCUAUUGAAUUAGAAUGUGACCAAACAUACAAUAUCAUUUAUCGGUGGAGAAACCAGCUCCCUUUACACAUCAGAAGUUAGCUGCGGGAGUCUUGAUUUUACAGUUUAUCACAAUCGUGGAAAUUCAAGAUAUAUCAAAAGUGAUUUUUAAGAAAGUCACAAAUCAGUUAAAAUAAAACUUGGUUUGAUCUUCAUUAACACCAGACUUCUGUAAUAUUUAACAUGAUCGAUGAAAACUCUUUUUUGUCUACCCUGGUUUUCCAGACACAAUAUCAUAUAUCUGACCUGAAGGUCAAGUUUACGUUGAUGUCAAAAAGCUCAGGUUUUGCUAUACAAUCAUCCCGUGUUAGUAGGUCAACAAGUGUAGUUAGAUUAUGACUAGUAUUCAACAAAUAUUUCCUGUGGAUAAUUAUGUCUUUUAAUCUCGAAGCUAUCAAACUAAUCAUAAACACCCAGAAUUAAUACUUUUCUAUACAAAAUUAACUGAAAUUAUUGUUUCCAAAGACAGCAAGCCUUGUUAAAGAUAUUUAAUUUGAUCUUUUAUGAUACAUCUUGAAAUAAUAAAAUAUUUUCAGUUAAUGAAAUUUUUAAAUGGGGAUGAUUUUUAAGCUUGUGUAUAUUUGAGUUAUAAAUUUGGUAAUAUAUAAAAAGAGAGGUGAAAUCCGAAGAAUUUUAUAUACACUGCACUGUCAGAGGCUGCAGUGUUGAAUUCUUUAAUAUCAUAUUUAUCUGCAAAUAAGCCUGUUCUAGCAAAUAAGCCCCAUCCUGUUUCAAGCAGCAUGUUGAUUUGUAAAAUAACUAAGAUUAUAUCCACCCAUUUGCCUCCUUAUUCAGACCCAAAUGUUCUCACUAGGAGCCGGGGCAUUAUUUGAGGAUAGUAUUUUCACAUGUUCUGACUAAUCGUUUUACAUUUUCAGGAACUGAACCUGCGGAGAUGACGACAUCUACCAACAGUAUCCCCUGAUUGACUCGCUGCUGCUGCUGAGGACCUUGUAUAGAAAGCUUAAAGAUUAACCAGACCACUCUCAUCUGCAGUCAACUGCCUCCCUAAUUGGAUUGAAAAUUUAGUAGAAAAUUGAAAUUAGAUCAAUUGUUACAUUAAUUUUCAUCAUUGUUUAUAAAGAUAAAAUAUUGAUUUUUUUUUCUAAAUGGAUCAUGGAAGGAAUACAUUCAAAAGCAAUAAUCUGCACAUUCAGAAAAAGGAUUUUGGUAUAGGUAAUAUUUUAAUAUAUUGUUGACUGUUGUUGGCAGACACCUUGGUUUCUAUGUAUGGUGGGAUUCCGUCUGUAUAGGCUCAAAAUGUCUGCGUACUUUGGAAUUUUAUCAGACUGGUUUCUACUGUUUUUUGCACACAGUGGAUCCUCUAAGUCUUGACAGUUUGCCUUCUUUUUAUGGUUUCUAUGUAGUAUAGCCUAGUUUAAUCCAGACAUUAUUGUUUCUGUGUACAAGUGGAUCCUUCUUAGUCAAGCCAUUGCCAUCCUCGUCACUCCAGGGGUUACACUCACUUUCGCUCUCUGUACCCCCGGAAUAUGUCAUAGCAAAAUUGAAAGCACACAGCUAGCUAUUACAGUGGUCUCGGAUAAAACAAUCUGACCAAUCGUUAGGCUGAUACCUGUCCUUUGAAGAUUACAGAGGAAUGACACUCGACUUCAAAGCCAGUCAAUUUUACCGUUAUGCAGCCGCGAGUUUCUUUGGUGUACAUUAAAGGAUCAACCUAAUCUUCUUGUCUCAUCCACAAGGUGACGCUCACUGAGCCUUCAAUUUUGCUACGAUAUAUUCCAGGGGUGCAUAGAGCGGGAGUCAGAGCGACCCCUGGAGAAUAAUGAGGAUGAGCCAUUACUUUCUCUGGAUAUUGGGGCCUCUUUACUGUGACCAUUUCUUGCUGUAUACAAUAGAGCCUUGUUGGUCGAGAUUCUAGGUUCUGUGGACAGGUUGGGAGGGGUACUCGCCUCUGAUAAUGUGGGUGGUGUGGGGUCUUUUUACCAAACAAGUUUCAGCAAAGUUCAUAAGUCAGAUGAAAAGUUAAC